AUGUCCGGCUCCGAUAAUCUACAGCUUCCACAAUCAUCGACAGGGACUGAUGUUGGUUGGUACAUUCUUGGUGAAAACCAGCAAAACCUGGGCCCAUAUACCUUCUCUGAACUAUGUGACCAUUUCAAGAAUGGUUACCUACUAGAAACUACCCUAGUCUGGGCUGAGGGAAGAAGCGAAUGGCAACCACUUUCUGCCAUCACCGAGUUAAUGUCAAGGAUUUCUGGAGCUGAGGUUCACUAUCCAGCUGGAGGUGCAUCUGGGUUGAUAAAUGGAUCUAAUGCUGGAACCAAGCAAGAGAAGAAAGAUAGUACUGGUCAUUAUGUUGUUUCUGCAGCCACUACUAGUACUGAGGAUGAAUAUGAGAAAUGGCAGAGAGAGAUUAAAGAAGCAGAAGCGGAGGCUGAAAGGUUGAAAAAUGGUUCUGCCUCGGAUAGCUUUGAUAAUGAGCUUGUUGAAGAUGAUCAGGACAGACCUUCUUCGCCACCCGAGGGGGAAGAUGAGUUCACAGAUGAUGAUGGCACUAUUUAUAAAUGGGACAAAACUCUUAGAGCAUGGGCUCCUCAGAACGAGCCAGUGGUUAGCGUUGACCCGUAUGGACUCGAAGAGAUGACCUUUGCUAAGGAAGACGAAAUAUUUCGAGCGAUAAACAUUCUUGAUACUUCUGUUGAUAAGGAGGAUGCCUCUAAGGAUGAUGUGGCUGCUAAGAAAGAAGAAGGUGUCUCUGACGAUAUUGCUGAAAUAAACAGUAACGGCAAGAGAAAGCUGCCAGAACAAGAAGAAACUGAAAAGAAGGAAGCAAACAAGCCUCCAGAAUCGUGGUUUGAGUUAAAAGUAAACCCACAUAUCUAUGUUACUGGGUUGCCCACUGAUGUCACCCUCGAGGAAGUUUCGGAAGUUUUUUCUAAAUGUGGCAUAAUUAAGGAGGAUGACACUGGCAAGCCUCGCAUAAAGCUUUACAGUGACAAGGCGACGGGAGAAUUAAAAGGCGAUGCUCUUAUCACGUAUAUGAAGGAGCCAUCUGUGGAUCUGGCAAUUCAAAUCUUAGACGGGGCUCCUUUUCGUCCUGCUGACAAGCUCCUCAUGUCAGUUUCGCGAGCUAAGUUUGAGCAGAAAGGGGAGCGAUUUAUAACUAAGCAAACCGACAACAAGAAGAAAAAGAAGCUUAAAAAGGUCGAGCAAAAGUUGCUUGGAUGGGGUGGUAAAGAUGAUGCGAAGAUCUCGAUACCUGCGACGGUUGUUCUGCGCUACAUGUUCAGCCCAGAUGAGAUGAUUGCUGAUGAGGAACUGAGUGCCGAGGUCGAGGAAGACGUGAAAGAAGAGAGUUUGAAGCAUGGACCGUUUGAUUCAGUGAAGGUUUGCGAGCAACAUCCACAAGGGGUUGUUCUAGUAAGAUUCAAGGAUCGAAAAGAUGCACAGAAAUGUAUAGAUGCAAUGAACGGUCGAUGGUAUGCAAAGAGACAGGUACAUGCAAGCCUUGACGAUGGAUCAGUGAACCAUGCCGCUGUUCGUGAUAUGGAUUUCGAAUCCAAACGGUUGGAGAAGUUUACAGCUGAGCUCGAAGCUGAAUAA